AAGCGUUGCAUCAGAAAAUUGUUAACCAUUUAUUCGCCUUACGUUAUUGAUCUAAACCUCCGACAACAUCGCAAGUAUACGGGCCGGGUCUUUCGUUGCACAGUUAAUAGGGAGACCGCAUUUGGCAACUUGACUUUGCAUAGUAUAGUACAAAUGCCGACUAAAGCCCCAGCCCUGCCAGCGCGGAAAGCAGCUGGUCGUCGCACUGCCGCGGCGCACACUCGCCAGCUGCCCAUCCUCGAAGCCCAGACAGUGACAUUGGAGGAUGGCACAGAGGUGCCAAUCAAGAUCCCGCCAGGAAUGCCUACCGCCCAGGCGCAAGCGUUGGUCGAGUACCUGAAGUCCAAUCCGGCUGCCGCGAAGGCCGCUUACGAUCAGGCGCAAAUGAUUAUGAAGAAUCCGGCGAUGGCUAACGCGUUCACCAACAUGAUGGCGCCCCAAGCUCCCGCCACGGUGGACCGCCUGAGUGCGUUGAAGGACGACCCGGAGCUGAAGGACAUGUUCGAGGACAUGAAGAACAACGGAGCGGCGGCCUUCCAAAAGUACUGGGACGACACGGACCUCAUGUUGAAGAUCAGUCAGAAGCUGCGAGCGCUGGAUGUAAACGGUCAGGCCGCACCGGCUGCGGAGGGGGGCGCGGAGGGGGAACCGGUGGCAGCUGCGGCGCCUGAAGCCAAGAAGCUCAUCGCUAACCUGCACGAUGCGGCCAAGCAUGGCGACCUGGAAGCAGCCUCGCGCUUCAUGGAGGAGGGAGCGGAUGUGAAUGCGCCGAAUGAGCGGGGCGUAUCGCCGUUGGGAGUGGCGGUUGGCUUCAACAGGCUAGAGAUUGUGAAGCUGCUGAUCUCCAAGGGAGCUGAUCUGACCUUCCGGGACCCCAAGCAAAACACCCUAAUGCAUUAUGCGGCAGGUUACGGGCGACUUGCCGUGCUCAAGGCGCUUCUGGCGGCGGGGGCUGAGCUCGAGGCGCAGAAUGGCGCCGGACAGACGCCUCUGGAUGUAGCCAAGCUGAACGGGGAGCGCGAGGUGGUCAAGUUCCUGCUGGAGAAGGUGGUGGCGGCCGCUAAGGCAGCAGAGGCGCCGGCGGAGGCGGAGGAGCCCGCGACAACGACUGCAUGAGGGGUUACACGAGGCAGCCACACGGGGUGCAGCCGGAACACUGGCGAGCCAGGGCAGCCGGGUUGGUCGCGGCAAGGUGGAGACGCGUGUGACGGUGCCAUGCGAGGGGGAGGGGCAAGGAGACGGAGGAUGUCGUGGGCUUGGAACAAUGGGUUGGGUUGGAAGCAUGUCUGUAGGGUUCCCUGGGUCCUGGAGGGGUGGAAAGACGGCGGAUUGUUGAUGAUUUGAGCGUUAUUCUCCCCGCAACAAGAGGCAGUGGGGCAGUCUUUCGCUGUAUGCAGGCGGGUUGUUGCAAGAGCUGCAUGAAGCUUCAGCACAGUUGUGCAUUAGUUCCUUGUGGGGUUUUCCUUGUUCUUGGCGCAUUUGCAUACGUACGGUAGUGAUGGGACCGCCCUGUGCUUGUGCGGGGGCAGGUGGCCCGGCAACGUGUUUAGGUUUUGGUUAGGACGUUUCAUGCAAAUCACUUGGAAACAGAACGUAGAUUGACGCUGGACAACUUAAGGGAAUUUUGUGCCUGGCGUCAUGCCAGGUUUUUGGCCCAUCCCUAACAUGACAAAGCCUUUGCGCGUAUAUGAAGUGAUUGCUUGUUAAUGGAGCGCCCAGUU